CUAGCUGCUAUAGGGAGCGUCGCUAUAUAUCCGUAAGGUAUUGUGUACUGAAGCGGAGGCGACAUCUUUAAUAUUAUAUUUCUGGAUAUAAGGAACUGGAAGUGGGCUCUUUGUGGGAGGUAUGUGAAUUGGGUCCCUGCAUUCAAAUCCUGCCAUUUUCCCUGUUGUUGAUUCAUCUGUAUUGCAAGCCUCUCUUUUGGCUCCUGUUACUGUGAAGAUCACGUACAAUACAGAUCACUGUGUUUGCCAGUAAAGGAGAAACAAUAUAAGAAUAUCUGACAAAUUCAGUUGCUGAACAAGACAAUGUCUGACAAGACCGAGAACCAAACCUCAGACCUUGCUGAUGCACACGGAGGAGCUGAUAAUGCUAAUAUAGGGAAAAUUAAGAAAACAGAUGAUCUGUGUAUGAAGCGUCAGCUGGAACCAACAGAUGAAGAAACCAGUGACAGUAUCAGCUCAGGCCGUAUUGAUGUGACAUCUUCAGAUAGCUCAGAGGUUGAGCAUGGAAAAGAACUGAAUGUGUGCCAUCACGUGAAAACUGAGGAUGAAGUUCCUAUAAAUGCGGCUACAGGCGCUGAUAAUGCUAAUAUACGGAAAAUUAAGAUAACAGAUUAUCUGUGUAUGAAGCGUCAGCUGGGAUCAACAGAUGAAGAAACCAGUGACAGUAUAAGCUCAGGCCAUACUGAUGUGACAUCUUCAGAUAGCUCAGAGGUUGAGCAUGGAAAAGAACUGAAUGUGUGCCAUCACGUGAAGACUGAGGAUGAAGUUCCUAUAAAUGCGGCUACAGGCGCAGAUAAUGCUAAUAAAGGGAAAAUUAAGAAAACAGAUGAUCUGUGUAUGAAGUAUCAGCUGGGACCAACAGAUGAAGAAACCAGUGACAGUAUCAGCUCAGGCCGUACUGAUGUGACAUCUUCAGAUUGCUCAGAGGUUAAGCAUGGAAAAGAACUGAAUGUGUGCCAUAAAGUGAAGACUGAGGAUGAAGUUCCUAUAAAUGCGGCUACAGGCGCUAAUAUAGGGAAAAUUAAGAAAACAGAUGAUCUGUUUAUGAAGCGUCAGCUGGGACCAACAGAUGAAGACACCAGUGACAGUAUCAGCUCAGGCUGUACUGAUGUGACAUCUUCAGAUGGCUCAGCGGUUGAGCAUGGAAAAGAACUGAAUGUGUGCCAUCACGUGAAAACUGAGGAUGAAGUUCCUAUAAAUGCGGCUACAGGUAGAUUCACAAACUGCAGUGCCGAUGCUACUUUCAGUCUUCAAAAUCAAAGAAGCCACAUGGGAAAUUUAUGUUCUGAAUGUGGGAAAUGUUUUACUCUGAAGUCGUCUCUUAUUAGGCAUCAGAAAAUUCAUGCAAGAGAAAGAGAGAGAAGAUUUUUAUGUUCUGGCUAUGAGCAAUGUUUUACCACGAAAUCUUCUCUUAUUAGGCAUCAGACAAUUCAUACAAGAGAGAAAGCAUUUUUAUGUUCUGACUGUGAGAAAUGUUUUUCCACGAAACCUUCUCUUAUUAGGCAUCAGAAAAUUCAUACAAGAGAGAAAGCAUUUUUAUGUUCUGACUGCGAGAAAUGUUUUACCACGAAAUCUUCCCUUAAUAGGCAUCAGAAAAUUCAUACAGGGGAGAAAGAUUUUUUGUGUUCUGAAUGUGGGAAAUGUUUUCCUUUGAAAUCACAGCUCAUUAGUCAUCAGAAAAGUCAUAGAGUGGAGAAAGACUUUUUAUGUUCUGAAUGUGGGAAACGUUUUAAAUUUAAAUCAGCUCUUACUAAUCAUAUGAAAAUUCAUACAGGGGAGAAAGAUUUUGUGUGUUUAAAAUGUGGGAAAUGUUUUACUCAUCAUUCAACUCUUAUUAAUCAUCAGAGAACUCAUAUUAAAGAAAAUCGGAGCUUAAACUCUGAAGCACAGAGGCCGACACAUAGUCGUCAUCCACUCAGUGUCUAGAGUGCAGAUGAUGACUACAUGUUCUCCUCGGGGGGGCACUUUUGGGACUGUUUGAGGCCCCCUCUGCGAAGUUGAGACAGCUUUGGAAACAUGUAGAAAAUCACUUCUGAAAAAUCCUAGCUAAAUUUUUGAGCUAACUCCCAGUAUGGCUUUACUAAACAAAUUACUAAAUUUCCCCUGCAAAUUAAGGAGACAACUAUUACAAAUUGAUUGCACUUAAAUGGAAAACUCAAGACUCUCUAACGGAACAAAUUUGGAUAGACAAAAUAACUGAGUGGCUGACAUUGGAGGAAUGCGGCUAUCUAAAGAGGCAGAAACUUAAUUUCUUUCAUGACAUGAAAUUUAUCUGGGAAGAUUCCUUACAUUCCCCUCACAGAGACUUUGACAGACAACACGACAGAACUGAAGCAGACGGCUGAGGCGGACUCAAUUAUAGGCAUUUACCCACCUUUUAUGCAUCUUAGGGGUUGGAGAUGGGACUUGCAAAAGGCUGAUAACCUUUAUAAGGGUCUUUAUGGCCCUAUUGGCUGGGCUAUGGGAGAAAAAUUAUUAUCAUUGUAUUGUAUGAAACAGCGGAACGUUUAAAGAAAUAUGAACAUAAGAGACUGUACACAGCUUAUAUGGUUUACAA